GCAAUGAGUGACGUUUCAAAGGCAGCUGCCAUGCUUAUAGCGUUCUCCCACUCCUCACGUUUUUUUCAAACGAUCGUUCAGAACAACACAGUUUACGUUUAAUUGAACGUUCCACACUGUUUUUUCGUAGGCCUACUGAGCACCGUGCACAGAUCCACAAGGACAUGAUCGCCGCUGUCCUAAAAAACACCCAUCGACGUCCUGUAUAGAACCUAGGCUUUCGGACGGACAUCACUAGGGAAAGCAGUGGCAGAGUGAGGAACUCACUGAUAACUUCUGCCCUGCACACCAACUGCGGGACGACAACCAAUGGACCUUUCUCUUGAAGCCCUGGACUCUGACAACACGCUAGUGUUAGUGCAUCCAUGAUAUACAGGAGCCAUGAUUCCUGUGACGGAGUUCCGACAGUUUUCGGAACAGCAGCCACAGUUCCGGGUUCUGAAGCCCUGGUGGGAUGUGUUCACAGACUACCUCUCUGUGGUCAUGCUAAUGAUCGGAGUGUUCGGAUGCACCCUACAGGUGAUGCAGGACAAAAUCAUCUGCCUUCCCCAGAGAAUGUCCAUGCCGAACCAAACAAUACUCUUACCAAAUAAAACCGAGCUGGUCUCACCCGCUGUGCCACAGGACGUGCACGAGAUGAUGGGCCUGAAAACCAACCUGGACCUCCAGCAGUACAGCUUCAUCAACCAGAUGUGCUACGAGAAGGCUCUGCACUGGUACGCCAAGUACUUCCCUUACCUGGUCCUCAUACACACUCUGAUCUUCAUGGUGUGUAGCAACUUCUGGUUCAAGUUCCCAGGCUCCAGCUCUAAAAUAGAGCAUUUCAUCUCCAUCUUGGGAAAGUGCUUUGACUCCCCCUGGACUACCAGAGCUCUGUCUGAAGUGUCUGGAGAGAACCCAGAGGAGAAGGAUAAGAAGUGCAGUGCCAGCAGAGCGAUCCUCAACGUGUCUGUAGAGGGGAACCUGGACAACCUGGAGAAGACCCAGUCCCUCAAAUCCAUCCCAGAGAAGGUCGUCGUAGACAAGCCCACAGCUAGUGCCCUGGAAAAGAAAGAAGGAGAGCAAGCCAAAGCUCUGUUUGAGAAGGUGAAGAAGUUCCGCCUGCAUGUCGAGGAGGGGGACAUCCUCUAUAUUAUGUAUGUUCGCCAAACUGUUCUCAAAGUGAUGAAGUUCCUCCUCAUCAUCGCAUAUAACAGUGCGUUAGUCUCUGAGGUGCAGAUCACAGUGAAGUGCAAUGUGGACAUGCAGGACAUGACGGGAUAUAAGCAUUUCUCCUGUAAUCACACCAUGGCCCACCUGUUCUCCAAGCUGUCAUACUGUUACCUAUGCUUUGUGGCUGUGUAUGGAUUCACCUGCCUCUACACUUCCUACUGGCUCUUCUACCGCUCGCUGAAGGAGUACUCCUUUGAAUACGUACGGCAGGAAACGGGAAUCGAUGACAUCCCAGACGUGAAGAAUGACUUUGCCUUCAUGCUGCACAUGAUCGACCAGUAUGACCCACUAUACUCCAAGAGAUUUGCAGUGUUCCUAUCGGAGGUCAGUGAAAACAAACUAAAACAGCUGAACCUGAACCAUGAGUGGACGCCAGAGAAGCUACGUCAGAGACUGCUGACCAACCACAACAACAGACUGGAGCUACAGCUCUUCAUGCUGUCUGGCCUUCCAGACACCAUCUUUGAGGUGACAGAGCUCCAGUCCCUGAAGCUGGAGAUCAUCAACAACGUAACCAUCCCAGCCUCCAUCGCCCAGCUUGAAGACCUUCAGGAGCUUUCUCUGUAUCAGUGUUAUUUAAAGAUCCACGCCACAGCCACCUCCUUCCUCAAGGAGAAACUCAAGGUGCUCAGGGUGAAGUUUGACGACAGCAGAGAGCUGCCUCAUUGGCUGUACCACCUGCGGAAUCUAGAGGAGCUCUACCUUAUUGGCUCACUGAGUCCUGACGCUUCUAAAAAUGUGGUUCUGGAGUCCCUGAGGGAGCUGAAGAAUCUUAAGACCCUGUCACUCAAAAGUAACUUUACAAAGAUCCCCCAGUCCAUUGUGGAUGUGUCCAGCCACCUGCAGAGGCUGUAUGUCUACAAUGACGGCACUAAACUGGUGAUGCUCAAUAAUCUGAAGAAGAUGGUGAACCUGACUGAACUGGAGCUGGUGCACUGUGACCUGGAACGCAUCCCACAUGCUGUCUUCAGCCUCACCAACCUACAGGAGUUGGACCUGAAAGAAAACAACCUGCACUCCAUCGAGGAGAUAGUCAGCUGCCAGCACCUCCGUAAGCUGACGACCCUGAAACUCUGGCACAACAGUAUCUGCUACAUCCCAGAACACAUCAAGAAGCUGGGCAGCCUAGAGCGCCUCUACUUCAGUCACAACAAGAUCGAGAUCUUGCCCUCGCACUUGUUCUUAUGCAACAAGCUUCGUUACCUGGACCUGUCCAACAACGACAUCCGGUUUAUUCCGCCGGAGAUUGGUGUCCUACAGAGUCUUCAGUACUUCUCUGUCACAUGCAACAAGAUUGAGAACCUCCCAGACGAGCUGUUCUUUUGCAAGAAGCUCACAACCCUCAAGCUGGGCAAGAAUACGCUGUCAUUGCUCUCACCAAAGAUCUCAUACCUGGUUCUAUUGACACACCUGGAACUGAAGGGCAACCAUUUUGAACUCCUGCCUCCAGAGCUUGGGUUCUGCCGGGCAUUGAAGCGCGGUGGCCUAAUGGUGGAAGACGCUCUGUUUGAAACCUUGCCAUCGGAAAUCAGAGACAAAAUGAAGGCUGAGUGAAAUGUCUUACAGUAUCUUUGCAAAAGGCCCUGCGAUAGACUAGCAUCCCGCCCAGGGGGUAUACUUCAAGCUGCAUUACACUAUAUAAAAAAAGUGAUAGGACAAGAGCCAAUGGGUUAUUCUGGCUCGGACAAGCCAACUUACUUGACUGUUCAAAAAGAAAAAGCCAAUUUUGUCUGGCAAUCCUAGUCAACCAAAAAGCUUGAUUUUACUGUUUUACACAACAUUGAUAAAAAUAUAAGCACUGUACCAUAAGUUUGUUAUAGGGGGCUGAUGUGAUAAUCAUGGCUGAAUGUUUUUAGUAUUAUGUUGAAGUCUUACUUCAUGACAGAAGGGAACAUGGCAUUGUGUUGUAAUUAAACGGUUCUUAACAAUAGGAUUAGUCACAUGCAAGGUGUACUUGUACCCAGGUUAACAUUUGACUCCUUAUUCUCUGUCAUAUGCCACACAAUGUUUGGCAUGACAUAGAGUGGCAAGGAAUGGAAGGAUAGCACAAACAGAUCUGUUUUCUUCGGUUACAUGUAGUUGCUAAUUGACAUGUUAAUCACUCGUUGCACCUUUUCUGCAUGUUGCUUAUGUUAUGCUAAUUAAGGCCUGCUUUUUAUGGCUAUUGCAUUGCUGCUUGAAUACUUUUCAUUCGUUUUUUAUUUUUUUUAUAUUGUUUGCCUGCCCUAUGCUAUGCUAUGUAGCCCCUGCUAGCCUAGCCUGCUCUAGCUUUGGCCUUCUGUGCCGCAUGCUAUUGCACCCCCUUUCCAUUCAAAUUGUUGUAUUGCUGCUAUAUUUAUGUACAAGCUUUACUCAGUUGCAUUGCAUUUGUAUAUUGUUUUGCCAUCUGAAAUUCAUACAAAUACUAUGCAUGCAUACAUGCAUGCAUACAUGCAUGCAUACAUGCACACCUUUUAUGUAUGUAUGUGGACACCCCUUCAAAUGAGUGGAUUCAGCUAUUUCAGUGUUGCUGACAGGUGUAUAAUAUUGAGCACACACCCAUGCAAUCUCCAUAGACAAACAUUGGCAGGUGGCCUUAAUGAAGAGCUCAGUGACUUUCCAACAUGGCAGUCAUAUGAUGCCACCUUUCCAACAAGUCAGUCAAAUUUCUGCCCUGCUAGGGCUACCCCGGUCAAUUGUAAAUGCUGUUAUUGUGAAGUGGAAACGUCUAGGAGCAACAACGGCUCCGCAGCGAUGUGGUUAGGCCACACAAGCUGACAGAACGGGAGUGCAGAAAGGGCGUUGCACGUAAACAUUACCUUUCCUCUGCAACACUCACUACUGCACUCAAGCCUAAGAUCACCAUGUGUAAACCCAAGCGUCGGCUGGAGCGGUGUAAAGCUCGCCACCAUUGGACUCUGCAGCAGUGGAAAUGCGUUCUCUGGAGUGAUGAAUCAUUCUUCACCAUCUGGCAGUCCAAUGUUUGAAUCUGCAUCUGGAGGAUGCCAGGAGAAGCCUGAAUGCAUAGUGCCAACUGUAAAGUUUGGUGGAGGAGGAAUAAUUGUCUUGAUGUUUUUCAUGGUUCGGACUAUGCCCCUUAGUUCCAGUGAAGGGAAAUCUAAACGCUACAGCAUACAAUGACGUUCUAGACCAUUCUGUGCUUCUAACUUUGUGGCAACAGUUUAGGGAAGGCCCUUUCCUGUUUAAACAUGACGAUGCGCCUGUGCACAAAGCAAGUUCCUUACAGAAAUGGUUUGUCGAGAUCGGUGUGAAAGAACGUGACUGGCCUGCGUAGAGCCCUGACGUCAACCCCAUUUAACACCUUUGUGAUGAAUUGGAAAUCCGAUUCAGGCCUAAUCGCCCAACAUCAGUGCCUGACAUCACUAAUGCUAUUGUGGCUGAAUGGAAGCAAUUCCCCACAGCAAUGUUCCAACAUCUAGUGGAAAGCCUUCCCAGAAGAGUGGAGGCUGCUAUAGCAAAUGUGGGACCAACUCCAUAUUAAUGCCCAUGAUUUUGGAAUGAGAUGUUUGACAAGCAGGUGUCCACUUACUUUUAGUCAUGUAGUGUACCAAUAAUUGUUGAGACGGGCAACAACUGUUCACCUAACUCAACAUGUGCUGUAAUUCAACUAAUCUGAUCCUGUUUCAUGCCAUGUACCAUUUUCAUCUGAAUACACAUAGACUUCAUCUGUGCCUCUGUCUGCUCCUUCACCACAGCCCCACAGUGACCAUUAUCCAUUCACCAGUCCUACAUCUCUAUUCUUUUCAGUGAUAUUGAAUGUUUUAUCCUGAAGCGCCUCAUUCUUAAGUGUCUGUCUAAACGCAAAUACACCUCCCUUUCUAUACGAUUUUGGAAUAUAACUUUAAUUUAAGCAAGAUAGAAUCUUUCAAAUACAAAAUAUAUUAGUGUGAGCAGUUUGGCAAAUUUGCACCCGGCUGUUUUCACAUGCCGCCUUGGGUACGACACAUCCUCUCACCUUUUGCUUUAAUUUCCAUUCAACCAUUCCAUUCCACAUAUUUCCUGUUUCUCAAAAUACAGCUGGGUGCAGCUUUCCUAAACUGCAUACAGUAUGUUGUUUUUUUGUAUUUGAAAAAUAAUUUCUCGCUUAUAUGAGCGUUAACUUACAAAUGUUUUCAAAAUGGUAUCGCGUGUGAGGUGAAUUUGGAAAAAAAUCCCCUUAAGUGGCAAACAGCUUUGUAAAUAGACAGUAUAAUGUUUAACAUUUACUAUUUAUUUGAAUGGGGUAGCUCGGUCCAUGAGUUUGAGUGUUUGCAUUCUCCAUCCCUCUGCUGUCAGUGGAGGCUGGCCACUUUGUUUGAACUGCAGAUUGCUCCUUUUAAGCUCAAACAACAUUAUUUGAUCAGGUCAAUAACCACACAUUUAAUCAUUUCAACCCAUGACUGUUACUUUUUUACAUUAUAGAAACACUAAAAAGGAAAUAUUGAAUCUGAUCCACUGUUCUCUACUCAGGUAGUCUAUAUAUUAUGUUGAAAGUUAUUUAUAGAACGGUGUAGUCUACAAGUUAAAUGUGGACUCACUCAGCUGUAGCUGUUCUGUCAAUAGCCUGUGGCAGUACUAUAUUUAUCAGGAAGGCUAGCUUAUUUCAGUUAGUCAACAGCUUACACAAGCUAAAGCAUACCAGCCAAGUUGUAAGUAACGUAUCUUUAUUACAAUCCACAAAACACUUUGCACAUGCCUUAUAGACAGAUUUAUACUUUUUGGUCCUCAGAGGUAAAACAAAAAGUCCACGCCUUACACUGCAAUGUCUCAGAGCUGUAGAUCACUGCAAAGGUGCCAUGGUCAGCUGCUAUCUUAAUGUAUAAAAACAGUACCGUAUCUACAUUUAUGUAGGGCUUUAUAGUCUAAUGCGAAAUAGUACCCCCCCAUGAAUACAUCUGGUGAUGAAAGAUAAUGAAAAGGUAUAUAUUUUGUACAUUAUUUUUUAACGGAUCGUAUUUGCUGUGUUUGGUUCUUGAUGAUGAAUAAAAACAACCAGCUGCUUUAAAUGAGA